GGAAGGAUUCACAUUUCGUAUACACACCUUUAACAAGCACGUGAAAGGACAUGAGGAAAUACGGCUGGAACACGUUCAAGGAUUUAAUUUUCAGAAAUCCUUCUGUUGUCGAACAGGAUCUACAUGUGGACGAUGGCGAUGAGAAUACUGAGCGUGGGAACUGGGCCAACAAGAAGGAGUACAUCCUCUCUAUGAUCGGCUAUGCUGUCGGACUGGGAAAUAUCUGGAGAUUUCCAUAUUUGGCCUACAAGAAUGGAGGGGGUGCCUUUCUCAUCCCUUAUUUUACGAUGUUGGUGCUGACGGGAAUUCCUCUUUUCUUCCUGGAAAGUGCCUUGGGUCAGUUCUGCAGUCAAGGUCCAAUCAACCUAUGGAGAGCAGUGCCAAUCCUGCAGGGUGUUGGUGUUGCCAUGGUUAUGGUGACUCUGAUUGUGUCAAUUUACUAUAACGUCAUCAUCGCCUACAGCCUGUACUACAUGUUCGCCUCCAUGCAGUUUCCUCUGCCGUGGUCCAGCUGCUCCAGUAACAGUAGCUGCAGCGACACACCUACAGUGUAUUGUAAUGUGAGUGGUGUUUUGAUGGCCAACUGGACUCAGGAAAACAUCACUUGUCCUUCAUCCAGCAUAAUGCCAGUUUCAGUGCAGACACCGAGUGAGCAGUACUGGGAUCGUGUAGCUCUGCAGAGAUCCAGUGGUCUGGAUGAAACAGGACCAGUAGUUUGGCAUUUGGCUCUCUGUCUGCUGCUGAGCUCCAUCAUUGUUGCUGCAGCACUCAUCAGAGGCAUCAAGUCAUCAGGAAAAGUUGUGUACUUCACAGCUACAUUUCCUUAUGUGGUGAUUGUGAUCCUGCUGAUCAGAGGUGUGACACUAGAGGGAGCUAGAGAUGGAAUAGAGUUCUACAUCGGUUCCCAAUCCAAUUUGACUAAACUGACCGAAGCAGAGGUGUGGAAAGAUGCUGCAACUCAGACCUUCUAUUCUCUCUCUGUUGGCUGGGGUGGAGUCAUGACUCUUGCUUCCUAUAACAACUUUCACAACAAUGUGUUCAAGGACUCAUUUGUUGUAUCACUUACUAAUGCUGGGACCAGUGUGUUUGCAGGCUUUGCCAUAUUUUCAAUCCUGGGUCAUAUGGCUCACAUCUACAAAAUGCCUGUAGGAGAAGUGGUGAAGGAAGGGUUUGGUCUGGCUUUCAUUGCGUAUCCAGAUGCUCUGUCAAAGCUUCCCAUUUCCCCGCUGUGGUCCAUUUUGUUCUUCUUCAUGCUGCUGACUGUUGGGCUGGACUCUCAGUUUGCAGGAAUUGAGGUGAUAACCACCUGCCUGCUUGAUGCUUUCCCUAAACUCUUCAAAUCCAAACACGCCUUACUGACUUUAACAACUAGUUCCAUCCUCUACCUCCUGGGCCUGCCAUGUGUCACAAGGGCAGGAAUAUAUUGGGUGACUCUGAUUGACCAGUUUGUUGCCAGCUGGGUGCUGCUGUUUUUGGCUCUCUUGGAAGUCGCUGGCGUCGCCUACAUUUACGGAGGAAAUCGUUUUAUUAAAGACAUUGAGAUGAUGCUUGGAAAAAAGACUUUUGCUUUCUGGUUGUGGUGGAGAGCAUGCUGGUUCUUCAUCAGCCCCUGCAUCAUAGUGGUGAUCCUGGUGUGGUCUGUGAUAACCUUUGUACCUCCCACCUACGGAGAAGUCCCGUACCCACCGUGGGGUUUGGCUCUAGGCUGGUUGAUGAUUGCAUUCAUCCUUUUAUGGAUCCCUGCUGUCGCUGUUUAUAAGCUGAUAAAAGCAAAGGGAAACCCAUGGAAGCGUCUGAAGUCACUGUGCUCUCCGUCUGAUAAAUGGCACCCCUACCUGGAUGUCCACCGAGGGGAGCGCUACUCAGAAGAACGCUGCCGCCAUAGGAAGAGCCAUAACAACAAGCAACAAAUUAAUGUAAAUGUAAUCUCCAGCUCGUGGCUCUAAUGCAUCCAACUGUGUCUUCACCGGUUGUUGUCUUCCCUUUUGGUGAAGCACUCUAUGAAUAUCUUGUUUUCAAAGUGAUUUUUGUCUUCCAGGAGGCAGAGAUUGACCCAAGUACAAACUGACGGUAGAUAACAAAUAUUGUGUGUGUUAAAGCACGGUAUCCCAGCAGAAAAAGUGUAACAGGAGCGUCCCAAUACAGUUUUCUUUCUCCUCUCGUGCUCCAAUCCAACAUUCAGUUGUGUGAUAUUUGUAUGGUUGGGCCUCUUCAUAAAAGCCUCCAUCAGCUACACUGUAUUUCUCUGAGGUUUGUUUAAGGUCAUAUGUUUACAGAAAAAGGGAGAUUUAGGACUUGACAGAUAAACCGGACAAUGAGCGUGUCUGAAAGCUACUACAACUAAUAUUGCCAAGUUAAUCAUUUAUAUUGCUUGAAGGGCAUCAUAAUCAGAUGUUUCAAAUGUUUUUUUUUUUAAUGUUAUGGUCUUUCAUAAAAAUAUUGAUGUUUUACCAGUAGUGAUUGUGUCAGUAAUCAUCUUUUUUUCAUUAUCAUGUAAAGUGAAAUUUCCAUGUUCAAAAUCUGCAUCUUCUAUUUAUCACCUCCGAUGUUUUAAUGUAAUAAAUAACAGUUUUAAUCUUUCA